CAUGUCAUUCGUGGAUUAUAAACUUGCCCGCUUCGUUUUCUGAAGGAAAAAUACCCGUCACUGUAACUGUUUUUCGCACCAAAUUCAAAGAGAAAACAGAGGGAGAGAUCAGAAAACACGGUGCAAAAGAAAAAUCCACAGAGGAAGAAAGUCUCCCAUAAACCGAAUGGUCGAUGGAAGCUCAUAAUCUCUUGCUUUCCAUUUCAUGAAGCAACCUUCGAUUGCUGAGCGGCGGGCCUUAGUAAGCAGGUGGUCUGCCAAGUGUUCGAAGAAAUUCCUGAGAGCAACUGGGACACAUUUAUCACUUUUAAAUGUUUCUUGAAAUCUAAUGUCCAAGGCAAUGGACUGGAAGUUGACAUCUAUCAGUUUACACCCUAUACUGCCAACGGCAAGUAAUGUCUUAAAGAGCAGUAGCAUGAUUUUUAUGGCACAUUCCAGUACAAGAAUCUGCUACAGAAAGAUACCUAAAAACAUUCGUUAUCCGCGACGCUCCAAGCUUCCUCCUGAUUUUGGGGUGAAUUUGUUCUUGAAGAAGCCUCAAACAGAUUCAGUUCAAGAUCACAUUGAUGACUUGACUGAAGAGGAGGAGGAGGAAAUUGAAGUAAAUAAUGGCGAGAUAGUUUGGGAAUCAGAAGAGAUUGAAGCAAUAUCAUCUCUUUUUCGGGGGAGAAUCCCUCAAAAACCUGGGAAACUAGGUAGAGAAAGACCUCUCCCUCUUCCUGUUCCUUACAAGUUAAGACCUUUAGGACUUCCUGCACCGAAGAAACAUGUUAAUAAACAGGUUUCCUUGAGUCGGGCAUCUAUAUGCAGUCAAAUUUAUAAGAACCCAAGUUUUCUUAUCGGUUUAGCCAAGGAGAUUAAACGCCUUAGCCCAGAUCAAGAUGUGUCUGUAGUUCUUGAUAAUUGCUCUCGUUACCUGCACAAGGGGUCAUUAUCCUUAACAAUUCGAGAGUUGGGUCAUCUGGGUCUUCCUGAGAGAGCUCUGCAGACAUUCUGCUGGGUUCAGAAGCAGCCUCGGCUUUUCCCUGAUGAUCGUGUUUUGGCUUCCACAGUUGAGGUUUUGGCAAGGAAUCAUGACUUGAAAGUGCCAUUCAACUUGGAGAAGUUUACUAAUUUGGCCAGCAGGCGAGUGAUUGAAGCAAUGGUUAAAGGGUUGAUUAGAGGUGGUAGCUUAAAGCUUGCCUGGAAGCUUAUUUCAGUUGCCAAAGAUGGUAAACGAAUGUUAGACCCUAGUGUGUAUGCAAAGAUUAUACUGGAGCUGGGGAAGAACCCCGAUAAACAUGUGCUUGCAGAAGCCUUAUUAGAUGAACUUGCGGAAAGAGAAGAUUUGAAUUUAAGCCAGCAGGAUUGUACUGCUGUAAUGAAAGUUUGCAUUAAGCUUGGGAAAUUUGAAGCUGUGGAAAGCCUGUUUAACUGGUUUAGACAAUCUGGGCAUGAGCCAAGCGUAGUUAUGUACACUACUCUUAUUCACAGUCGUUACUCAGAGAGUAAAUAUAGGGAGGCGUUGGCUGUAGUUUGGGAAAUGGAGGGUUCAGAUUGUCUCUUUGAUCUCACGGCUUAUCGUGUGGUUAUAAAGCUUUUUGUUGCCUUGAAUGAUCUGCCGAGGGCUGUAAGAUAUUUUUCGAAACUCAAGGAAGCAGGCCUCUCUCCGACAUAUGACAUAUACAGGAACUUGAUUACACUUUAUAUGGUUUCUGGACGGCUGGCAAAGUGCAAGGAGGUGUGGAAGGAGGCGGAAAUGGCAGGAUUCAAGUUCAGCAAGGAAAUGGCAGCAGGGUUGUUGCAACUCAAAAGAGAAAUGAGGGGGAGUCCAGCUUUGCAUUUGAAAGCACAUGAAGGCCAGGAGAAACCUCUUGAAUGACAACAGGUUCACCUUUGGGCCUGUUGGAGAGAUAGACCAUGCUUUUGGAUGAAAUGUCAGCUAAGAUCAGGUUGAACCCAUUGUACUGAUGGGCAUCUUUCACCAGUCCCUCGGCGAAUUCCUUCGGACUCUUUGUGCUCUGCAAUGUUUUGGAAACGAAACAAGGGGGGUAAGUGACAAAUUUAGAAUCAAUCCCUGUCAAUUUUCCACAAUCUUUUGCAUUUUUCUACAAUUAUCCUUUCAUGUGCAUGUUCCUGCCCGGAUCUUAGGCAAUGUAUCUUGUAAAAUCAAACAUAAAAUAUAAAGUCUGCAAGUAUGCAUAAUUACUUA